AGGAAAUAAUAUUAACACGCCUGUUCUCCUUUCGCUGUUUUGUUUUUCCGUCAUUGUCGUUUAGAUUGUCACGCGACUGUCGGGUGUUAGCAAUGUCCCUGUUGUAAAUGAGACGUUAGCCGAGGCCUGACAGCAUAACGUAAGACUCAGGAUGGCUCUGUGGGACAGAGUGAGGCAGCUACCUGCUGCUUACCAGCAACAGCUGGACGAGCUCUAUGACCGGGAUGCUUUACCUAUGGAUGUUCGGCACUACCUGUCUGUGUGGAUGGAGAACCAGGAGUGGGAGCGAGCAGCUCGGGAACAUGACUUGGCUGUGGUGCUGUUACAGGUCCUGCUGGAGAAUCUAGAUAUCCAGCACAGCCGCUUUGUUCAGGAGGAGUCAUUUCUAAUGCAGCACAACAUUAGGCGUUAUAAACAGAACUUUCAGAGAUACCUGGAAGACCCAUGUGACCUGGCGAGAACAAUCCUCUGGUUUUUGGAAAAGGAAAAAGAAAUCCUGCAAAGUGCUGAGCUGGCAGAACAGGUCCAGUUGUUGCAAGUAGAGCCUGAAAUCAUGGAGAUUAACAGCCAGCAGGACCUUGAACGUAAAAUGGCAGGCCUGAGGAAUGAAGUUCAGUGCAUGGAACAUACAAUGAUAUGUUUGGAGGAGCAGCAAGAUGAGUUUGAUUUUAAAUACCAAACCCACAUGAUGGAAGCUGUGGUAGAUGAGGCUGUGAAGAAAGCUCAAGUCCAAGUUCUUCAGUUACUUGUCAACAGACUGAAUAAUUCCAGAAAGAGCACACUGUCAGACCUGAAUAAGCUCCUGGACAGAGCAGAAGACCUGAUUGACAUAUUGGUGAAAAAGGAGCUGGUUGAAUGGCAGAGGAGGCUGCAGAAAGCCUGCAUUGGCGCUCCAGACGAUGUUUGCCUGGAUCAGUUAGAGAAGUGGUUUACGUGUGUGGCAGUGUGUUUGUUCCAAGUGCGGGAGUUUCUUAGUAAACUGGAGGAGCUGGUCGGAAAAGUGUCCUAUGAAGAUGACCCUGUAAAGGCCAAGAGACCUGCAUUGCAGAAGAGAGCAGACACCCUCUUGAGAGAUUUACUCAAAAGUUCCUUUGUGGUUGAGACUCAGCCAUCUAUGCCUCAGGGUAAAGGCUCCCUUGUUCUGCGUACAAAUAUCCAGUUCUCUGUCAAGGCCAGACUUCUUGUCAAGUUUCCUGAGCUGAACCACUUCAUGAAAGUAACUGUAUCCAUGGAGAGGGAGACUCAUCAGAUCAAAGGAUAUCGACGCUUUAAUGUCCUGGGAACCACGACCAAGGCCUUGAACAUGACAGAGAGUCAGAGUGGAGGCAUGGUGGCUGACUUCAGACAUCUGACUCUUAAGGAGCAGAAGUCUGGUGGCAGCAGCAAAGGAAUCAGUGAUAUUUCUCUCACCGUCACAGAGGAGCUGCACAUCAUUUGCUUUCACACUGUGUUUGAGCUUAAAGGCUUCUCAGUUGAGCUGCAGGCCUCCUCCCUCCCAGUUGUUAUCAUCUCCAACUCUAGCCAGCAGCAGAGUGCCUGGGCGUCUGUCCUCUGGUUCAAUAUGAUCAGUCAGGAUACAAAGGACAUCAUGUUCUUUGCCAACUGUCCUGCAGCCUCCUGGCCGCAGUUUGGAGAGAUGCUGAGCUGGCAGUUUCUCUCUGCCACUAAGCGUGGUCUGAAUGACGCUCAGCUGGAAAUGAUUGCCGUCAAACUAUUUGGAAAGCAGCUGAACUAUGACAACUGCAAAGUGGCCUGGUCAAAAUUCAGCAAAGAGAAUAGCCCUGACACUUUCUGGGUGUGGUUUGAUGGCAUCCUGGUGAUGGUGAAAACCUACCUUGAAGACCUGUGGAGGGACGGACUCAUCAUGGGCUUUGUGAGCAAAGGCAAAGAGAAGUCUCUUCUGAAGAGAAAACAAAGAGGAACUUUCCUGCUGCGCUUCAGUGAAAGUGUCAUUGGAGGAAUAACUUUCUCUUGGGUAGAAACAACUGAAAAUGGUCAGCCAGAUGUAAAGACAGUCCAGCCUUUCACCAAAGUUGACCUAAUCCAGAUUCCCUUCCAUGAAAUUAUUAGGAAUUUCCAGAUUUUAGAAGCUGAUAAUAUCCCAGAAAAUCCUCUGCUGUAUCUAUAUCCAAACACCCCUAAAGACAAUGCUUUUGGGAAAUACUACUCUGACAGGACCGGAGAUGAUAGUCCUUACAUCAAGUACAUCAAAACCAAACUAAUGUUUGUUUCAAAGGAGAACACACUGGAGGCUAGGCCAUCCAUGUCCUCUGAUAUGGCACUGGGCGAUUGCCUGGAGCCAGUCAAUGGCCUGUGUGAAGAGGCAGCUGAACAAAACGGCGAACCUCAACUCCCGGAUUGUGUUGUGGAACCCCAUCAAUUUGAUCCUAGGUUGUCUGAUGCUGCCCCACCGGAGGAUUUACUGAUGUAUCUCAACAACCCAAACCUCUUGGAAGACUCUAACAUCUUUGAAGAUGAAAUGGGUGAUUUCAGUCUUCAAGAAUUGAUUGGUCUGAACUCAUAACCCUGUGGAAGCAUUUCCAACAGAAGCAUCUGUAUUAUACUUGUACCACUCACUGUCCACUUCACUCUCAACAACUGUGCUCACAUCAUAACAUCUGUCACAGCUCUGCAGUGUGCAUUGUGACGCUUAACAGAAUAAUUUGCUUCAAACACAACACAAACGGCCCCUUUCACAAUCCUGUAGUGAAUAUUUAAAAACAGCUCUAACCUUUAUAAUUUAUUUUUAUAGUGUUAAUUUUUUUUUUUUAAUGAUUCUGUGACUAUUUGAAGACCAAAAUAAAUAUAUGAAUGAGUUGGAGUCAUUCACUCCCAAUAGUUUACCAGGUAUCAGAUAAAAGAUCACUUACACAAUAGAUAUUGAUGAGGAAUUAUAAAAAAAGGUUUGAAGGUGCUUGUGGUUUAAAUGUCCCAAAAACAGCUUGUUGUAAAACUACAAAACCAUGUUAAUUCCUCAUUAACAUGCUCAUUUAACCGGAAUUCAAGUUUUUUGUAUUGAAAUGACCAGUUAAUGUACUGUUAUUCACUUGAACACGGCAAAUUACCAUAAGAAAUUGUACAUUGCAAAGUAGAAUUUAUUUCAUACGUGAACAAGCAAGUAACAAUGUAAAACAUGCCAACAAUCAUCCAAAACAUCCAGUCCUAGAGUCUAAUGUACAUAUAAAAGGCUUUUUGUAAGGUUUAAAGCAAUGAUUCACUUAUGCAAACAUACUUACGUGUAAUAUUCAAUUUUUAUCAAUAAACCCUCCUAAAUGUGA